AUGAAGCACGUACCAUUGUUUCAGAUCACAAGACGAACAACCAUUUCUCCCCGGUCUCCAUAUCCUUCCCGACUCCGAUCACGAAGAUAUCAGUCUUCUGGAACGCCACCGAAGCAAGAACCGAUUCCUGAGAGAAGCGCACCGGCCCAAUCAAACGUCCAGUCUACACCCUCGCCUCCCACCAUUUCGGGCACGCGAUCGCUGCUCCAGAUUGUUUCUGAUGGCCCUCUUGGGAGACUUGCACAAUCAUACUCACGCAUCCAAAAGAGGCGACCGUAUGCCACACAAUUAUGCAGUUCAAUUACCGUGUACCUGUGUGGUGAUUUGAGCGCGCAACUGCUGUUUCCAUCAGACAACAACGCAGUUAAGAACAAAUCCACCGAGGGAUCGCAGUCGGGAAAGGAAAACGCAGAUGUGGGAAUUAGUCGGGGAGGCUAUGAUCCGUGGAGAACUCUGCGACAUUUGACUGUAGGCGCGGGGUCGAGUAUUCCGGCGUAUAACUGGUUCAUGUUCCUCCAUAACAACUUCAAUUUCGCCUCCAAAUUUCUUUCCAUCCUCACCAAAGUUUCCGUGCAGCAGGCUGUCUUCACCCCCAUUUUCAACACCUAUUUCUUCAGCGUCCACUCACUUCUGUCCGGAGCUACUUUGGACGAGACUUGGGAACGCUUGAAGAAGGCUCUUCCUGUCAGCAUUACCAACAGCGUUAAGCUUUGGCCCGCCGUCACUGCAUUCAGCUUGAUGUACGUGCCGCCGCACUUCUGGAACAUAUUUACUGGGUGCAUCGCUGUGGGCUGGCAGACGUAUCUUAGCUGGUUGAACCAGAAGGCUGCACAAGAAGUUGAGGCUGCCGAAUUGGUUACUGCAGAGAUGUCAAAAGUUGGCCUUGAUUCGCAAGCGGGCGCAAUAAAGGCAUGA